GUUCUUUUGAAACACAACGUAGUUCCGCAGCUGCUGUAUCUGCAGAGAUGGAUGGGUAUAAAACUGGCUCGAGGAUCCAAGUUCCCUCAUACUCAGCUCCUAUCCUUCCAGCCCCCGAAUCCUCAGCAUACCCAGUUCCUAUCCUUUCACCCCCGAAUUCUUAUAUAACACAUGCCUGGCUUGAAUUCCACUGUUCAGCGCUUUGAUCGUUCUACCGGCAUCCCCAAGGAUGUCUGGACCGUCUUGCAUGCCGAUCCUGCUCGUGCCAAUAUCAUCCUUCCUCAUGCUGAGAAGGUUUUUGAACGACAAAAGUUCAUACCCGGAAUCACUGCUACUGAGCAGGUUUGGCUGGUUAACUCAAAGCUUGGAACCUCCGAAAUCAAAUUCAUUCUCUCUUGCACAACGGGACCACAAGACAAAUACCCCAUUUUCAUUGUCCCCACAGACUCCAUCGCUGACUUAACCCCCGCCCUCCUCCAAAGCUCCAUUGAGGCUUUGUGUAACACGCUUCUGAACGAACCGAACUUCAGGACAAGAGUCUUUUCUGUCUUUUCCGUUGAGCCAGUCGCCGAAGCCUUCGCUCGCACAUGGAAGAUACUCACAGGGAUUGAUCGCGAGGUGGUGCCAUACUACCAUGCACUUUUCAUGAUGUGUACCAAGGACACUUUAGUCCGACAACAUCGAGCUGCCCCUCCAUCAGAGGAUGUGGUUCUCGAGCCACGUUCCGCUGUGGAACAGGAUGCCGAACAGAUUGCUGUCUUGUGUCACGAAUUUGCUGCGACUUCCCCUCCAUUCACUCUCAGCAUUGAAAAAGCCCGCGAAGAGGCUAGUCUCUUGAUUGCGAACAAGCAAGUCUGGGUCCUCGAGGUCCAGAAGCCCAAUGCAGAACCCAACAUUGCAACUAUUGUUGCUGUGACGCGGAAGGCAGGAGGUGUUGCUGCCAUCACGAAGGUCUAUACACCAGAGCAGUGGAGGGGCAGACGUUGUGCCGAGAGGUUGGUUCGUCAUGUCUCCACAGAGUUACUGGAGAAGUAUAAGCAAGUUGUCUUAUAUGUCGGCAUUGACAAUAAUGCUUCAAAAGUAUAUGACCGUGUGGGCUUUCGAGGUCUUAAUGAUGGGUCUGAUGGAGUGGAGCGCUGGCUUGAAAUUGGUUUUGAUCAAGCCGAAGUGGAGCUCGGUCACUGGUAGAUUUUUAGCAUAUCUGGCGCUCCGCAUGGUCUCCCCCAUGUCCAUAUUGUCUAUAGCAUAGUGCCUUCAUCUAGACCUGUCCGAGAGUAUAUCGUUUCACCAUAUCAUGUUGUAUCAUUAGCAUUCGUACAUAUUCCUAUAGAUAUCUUGAUCCCUUGGACG